AUGUUGAGUUUAUUUGCUAAAGAACCUUUAAAAAUUAUACGGAAUAAAAUUAGAUUGGAUAAAAAACUACUAUUUAAGGCAUUUUCGACCCUGAAUGAAGAUCAUACAACAUCUGAUAGGCAAAAUCUGGAUCUAGAGCCUAAAAAUCAAGAUAAAUUUAGACGCUUUACAAAGGAUGAGAUAGAAAGGGUGCCCUUUUCUAAUCCCUACUUCGAACACCUCGAGGGGAACUAUUAUGAAGCUCCAUUGGAUUUGAAUACAAAAUCAGUAUCAGAGUCCCCGCUUCUACUAAAAAGUAACGUAGGUGUAGGGUUUAUGACCCUAAACAGCGAGUACCUCGGAAGCGGCUGUAUCGCAAGCCUUUGCAGAGAGUUGAGUGACUUGGAAACAAACGUGUACAAAAGGAUGGUUGUGCUAACGUCAAUGACCAGAAGUGUUUUUUCGAAGGGGCUGGACAUGGCAGAAAUAUCACUUUUUUUUGAAUCAUAUGCGAAGCUAUCGAAGCUAAAUACGACCAAGAACCAACUUGGGAAUAAAAUGGAUCAAAUAAAAGAGGGGUUAUAUGACUAUUUGAAUAACAUAUGUGACCUUUUGUACAUAAUGAGAACAUAUAAGAAGCCGUUAUUGGUGUACGGGAAUGGACAAAUGGAGGCAUUUGGAGCAAAUUUAUGUUUCAUAUCGAGCUACUCGGCCUGCUAUAAGCAUUCAUCAUACCAACUUAACCUAAGUAACGAAUAUUACAGCAUUUUUGGGUCAAGUUUUAUGUUAUCAAAUCUGAAGGGGAACAUGGGUGAGUAUCUGCUGCUCACCAACGACAAACUCGUUGGAGAAGAGUUAAUAUGGGCAGGAUUGGUUAAAAAAUAUAUAGAGCCAAACUCAAUAAACAAUAUACAAAUAACGUCAGAUAGGCUGGUGGAAUUGCCGGAAAAGUAUGUGGAAACUUACGUCAACGAGUUCAAUUUAAAUGUGAGCAAAGAGUGCAGAUUAAAGGAAUAUGAACAAAUAAUUGAAUUUCACUUUAAGCAUGAAAGCAUAGGUGAUAUUAUAAACAGCAUAAAAAGAUCAUACCUCAAGAAGAUGGGUCAGUCUAGUUCAAAAUUAGAAGGUUCGAAAGUAAAGAAGUUUGAAGCAUCACUAUUGAAAAUGAUUGAAAGGACUUCAGGGAACAAGAACGUAGAAGAGAUGUUUAACAUAAUAAAGAAGCUUAAGGUUAUAAGAUGUAACAUACUCAGUGAGUUGAAUAUCACGCCCAAGGAGUGGAAUGAGAUGGUCAGCUUAUCGUAUAAGUCAAGUACCACAAUCAAGGAAGAUAAUAUGAAGCUGCUGUACGGCCUAAUAAUGGAAAUACUGUUAAUAGAGUCACUGAGCAUGGAAUUGGAGUUAUUUUAUAGUUACCCGUACCAAGGUAGUCUGAGCAAAUAUUUGAACUCACAAUCUAAGAUGAGUAGAAACGACUACGAAUAUAAGGCCUACCCAAGGAAUGAGAUGAGUCUGUCCAACAUACGCAGAUUGAAGGAACUGAAUGUAAAUUAUAACCGUAAAACAGGCUGCGAGUACGAUAAGGCUUUCAUGAAACAGCUGGAGAGUAGAUAUAGAGCUGAUCACCUGAAGGAUAAAUUUAGAAUGAUGAAGGACAUAUUAAACAUACCCUGA